CAUCCACUCCACUUAGGUUAAGUCUGACUUUCUCUCUUUUAUUAGUAAUUAUUGUUUUGUGAAAGAUAUGUUACGGGGCUGUUAACCAUUAACCAAGGCAGAAAUAUUUUAAUUUGAUUCCUCUAACCAUAAGAAAAUGUCCAAGUAUUUUAAAAUUGUUCGAAACAAUUGGAAAAAAUCUGUCCUAGGCUCAGUAGCAGUAGUGUAUGGGUCAAACUAUGGUUAUGAAAAAUAUCAAACAAAGCAGUUGAUGAGAGCGUUGUGUGAAGAAGCUGCAAAGUAUGGAGAGAUACCUGUACCUCCAACAUUGAAGCCUCGAAAUGUUAAAGUAAUUUUGAACCCAGCUGCAAACCGAAGGAAAGCUAAGGCCAACUAUGAGAAGUACUGUGCGCCACUUCUACAUCUUGCCGGGUACUCGGUGGACGUCAUCAUGACUGAGAGUGAAGGCGAAGCUCGAUCAUUGGCAGCUAAACUUAAAGAUACAGACAUCAUCGUGGUUGCAGGAGGGGACGGAACUUUGUCAGAGACGGUGACAGGACUGAUGAGGACGUAUGGCUCUGUGUCAGCCCCAGUGGGGGUGUUGCCGCUCGGUCGCACCAACUCUGUGGCCCUGGCACUGCUGGGGCGAGGGGUGGCGGGGGGAGACGCCAGGGACAUGGCUGCAGCAGCCAUGGCUGUUGUGCGAGGCCAAACAAAGCACAUAGACGCUGUCAGGGUAGACAUUGUUGAGGAAGCAGAGGGCGAGUCACCUCACAAGCCUGUGUACGGUCUGAGUGGGAUCAAGUGGGGAGCCUACAGAGACACGCUGAGCAGGCAAGACCAAUACUGGUACUUCGGGGUGUUGAGAGGCUAUGCGGCUGUGUUGUUCAACUCUCUCGGCUCCCAUCGGCAACCAGUGAUGGCUCACGUGACGUAUACACACGCUUGUGAUGGCUGCAACCUUUGUUACCAGACGAGGUCAGACUUGCAAGAAGUUCAGUCGAGACGAUGGUUCCAAUAUCUGGUGCCGAGCUUUACCAAGAAAACACCAGAAGCCCCCAAGAAGAACUACAAGCAGGUUGUGAACCCCCGGUGUGGCAAGGUAUCAGAGCUGGAUCUUACAUCUCUGGACAUACAUGUCACUUGUCCGUGUGUCUGUGGAAACAGUCAAGGCCUUCAAGUUAGUCUAGGCCCUGCUAGUCUAGGCUGGUGGGAAUGGGUGGAGGAAGGGUGGAGAAGAGUCAGUGGAGAUUCCGCCUCAAUCACCCCUCUGGCGGACGCUCAGCAGCUGGAGAUUAAGCCUAUGUUAGACAACUCUGCACAGAACAAUGAAGAGAAGUGGUUGAGUAUAGACAAUGAAGAGUAUGAAGUGAAACCCAUUAAAGUCACCCUUGUACCCAAAUCUGUACAAGUCUUCUUCAACGAUCCUGUUCACACGACGUACACUUUAUUGGAGAAGGCAUUGCUUGGAUGCUGUUAGAUUUCAAAGUAUAUCUUCCAAGAUGCAAAAAUAUCCUGUCAUGUGUAACUAUUUAAAAUAUUAUAAUAAGGAGAAAUAAAUUACAGAAUUACAUAAACUAUCAUGUAAGUUGAAUUU